UGAGGGGGACGGGCUUGGCGCUGAAGUUUUCUAGAGGGUUAAUAGCAUAAAGCUCGCGGUGCCGACGAGGGUAGGCGCACUGGUGGGUUCCGCCAGUUAAUGAGAGGAACAAGAAAGUCUGAGGCUUGAAGAUUGAUGCUGGCAAAGGUUUGUUGCUGGAAGCUGUCAAAACGCACACAACCGUCAGAGGAGCGUGAGAUCGGACUCUCGAUGCUGACGCCCCUCUCCUCCCCUACACAGAACAAAGAAGAGAGACAGCGCGUGGUUUGAUUUUAAUUGCAAAGAGUUCUGGUAGACUGGUGAAAGACACAAAAAAUGAACAACACAAGCGAUAAUGAAACGGAUUAUUAUGCCUUCUAUGACAAAAUUCAAACUAUGUAUUAUGCUUCCUACAUCUGGGUCCUCGCAGCCUUUGGCGUCCCUGGCAACGUGGCCUGCAUCUUGACAGUUGCUACAAUGACCAUGACCACGGCCACCGUAUACGUGGUGCUGUUGGCGGCGGCAGACCUCGCAGCUUUGGUACUCAAAUUAAUAUAUCACCAGAUUUACUAUCAUGAAGUGCCGGUAAAUACCUUUAUCUGUAAAGGGGAUGUGGUUGUUCAGGUAGUCAGCUGCUACGCCAACUGGACCCUCGUCCUAAUCUGUUUUGAGAGGUUUCUAGGGGUGUGCUACCCCUUGAAAAGAAAUGCUUACUUCACUACGAAGAAAGCCAUUGUCAUUGCUGUGCUGCUUGGUCUGACCCUGUGUUUGUGUUUUCUGUAUGGAUUCGUUCAAAUGGACAAGACAGAAGAGGGAUACUGUUACGUCCCGGAGUACGCACGUGAGUUCCAUACGACCUACUGGUACUGGAUUAUAGCCUCCAUUUACUUUUUUCUGCCCUUCAUCCUAAUCUCUAUCUUUACUGGCCUCAUCAUCGUCAGUCUCAGGAGGCAGAGAAAGGCGCGUGAGACCAUCAGGGUGACAGCCCAGUCCACAUCAGGGAAGACAACUGAGGCACGAGUUGAACAGACCAUUUGUAUCAUGAUGUUGUGUGCUGCUAUUGUCUUUCUGUUGCUAAUCUUGCCUACCUGCAUAUAUCAUAGUAUUGCACCAUUGGAGAUACUUAAAGACGACACCCCAGAAAAGUUUUUUGCAUCGUCAAUGUUCCAAUAUCUUGCCAUAAGUUUAUCAGAAGCUAACCAUGCUGUCAAUUUUUACAUUUAUUUUCUCUCUGCCAAAAGGUUCCGCUUUCGCUUUAGGGAUCUGAUGGGCAAAUGUUUUCCUUUCUUACGGAGACGAGCGCAUGAAAAUAUUUACAAAGGUUACACUUCCAAGACACAGAGCUCCGUGUUACAUGAGAGUAACAUAAAUGUAAAAAUAGUGUAAGGAUCAAACAGGAAGACCUAGCUUUGACUAUAGGCUGCUACUUCUACUUGCUACUUACUCUGUGCCAUCGGGAAAGAAAUCUGAAAAAAGAAAUACAGACACCAAUAGGCUGUACUAUUUGUAUAUGAAGUAAUAUAUGUGUGUAAAGAAAUGCGUAAGAAGCUCGACAAAAAUUGAACAGAUACGGACCCACACGAAUUUAAUAAUUAAAACUAAAUUAAACUAGGGACUACAUAUUGUUCCUAUCUAGAGAGAAACAACUAAAGCAAUACUGUUUAUCUAUAACAGUUUGAAGAUAAUUAACCAUACUUAUGUUUCAAACAUUAUAAUUUGGUUAAAUGAUGAUCAUGUUCAUCGUUCCAUACUAGCACACACGGAGAUGUGGGUCAGAUCAUUCAAAUAUUCCUCUGUUUAUAUCUGUAUCUUUAUCUGCAUUUUAUCAAGUACAGUACACGCUGUUAAUGGAGAGAAGGAUUUGUUCCCUUUGAUGAGAGUUCUGUCCCUUCGCCUAACAGGCUGAGGUGAUCGGCUCUGCUUGAUUUUGUUUGUUUUUUUUUGUGGUCGUGCUUCGAUAUUGAUAAAAAAGUUGAGCCUACCUGUUUACAUGUGCCUCUGCUGCGUUUUCUUCUUCUUCUUGUUUGCAACAGGACUGUAUAUAAUGUAUAUUAUGUUAUUUUGAAGUGCGAACUGUUUGGAUCUAUUGGUUGUAUUCUACUCCGCCUGCUUCACUCGCUUAUGGCAGCGAAAUUGAGGUAGAGUGACUGAACUGAAGUGAUGAUCAUCCUUUUGAUGUUUCAUUUGAUAACAUUUCAUUAUACUAUCAAGAUUACUUAAUAUCUUCCCAGUAUUAUCCUGAUGUCACUAAACUUUAUAUUCUCUGGAGUCCACACCGAGUCUACAGUGAUCUCCCUUUACUGGCGGAACGCAGUGAGUCCUCGAGUUGUCUUUCCUUCUGCAUCAUUGUUAUGAUUUUGUUUCUACAUCUUUGUUACUAUUUUGUGAUCUUAUUCUACAUCUUUGUUACUAUUUUGUGAUCCUGUUUUACAUCGUUGUUACUAUUUUAUGAUAUUGUUCAGCGCAAUAAGCCCCCCCCCCCUUUGGCUGAGAUAUUGCAUUUUACAAUUCCUACAUGAUUAUUAUUAUUUGUAUGCUUAUUUAUGUAUACAUAUGAAAAAUUUAAUGAAAAUAUUGAUUAUUCAUAGUCUAUUGUACUUAUUUAUAAAAUAUUUACUAAAUUAAUCAGAACAAAAUAUAAAUUGCACAACGCAAGCUGAAUAAUCUGGUUUUAAGUUAUGCUGUAUGUAUAUUUAUAAUGCAGGCCAUUAGACAAUUUAAGAUAGCUUCUAAAAAGUUACUGCACAAAAAGGAAUUCUUUUAAAUUUGUAAUUUAGCUAAUUCUUGUGUGUGUUGUUUGUGUAUGGGGAGGGAUGGUUCUUACGGAAAGAUUAUGGGCUGGACUCAUGUUACAUCAUGCCUGUAUACACAGAAAACACACUAAAUGAGGAAAGGAAUGUUCAGGAACUUAUUUUCUUCAGUAUGUCCAGUAGCGCAUUAACAAAAUAAUAGACCUGCUUUAUCUUCAGACAAACCUAAGAAUUUACUCAUGUGUUCCAGAACUUAAAGAACUACUUAUAACAUAGGGAUUUGCUUGCAAUAAUCUUAGCAGGUCUUGAAUGAAGUUAACACUGGUUUCUGUAUAAAAAUUUUGUAAUUAAAUUUGAGGAGAGGGGGAAGCAAAAAUACCUUAUGUUACGAAAUUGAGUAUUUUUAGUUUGACAGGCCUUGGCGGAAGUGGCGAUGUCAAGGUCAGGGCGUACUGCGUCUUAAUUUUUUAUAUUUUUUUUUAUUUUGCAUUUUUAGCAUUUUAGAAG